UUUCGUUGGCAAAUUUAGCUAUUUAUACUUUAAAAGUUAAUUAAUUUGAAUUGUCGUUUUUUAUUUACUUGUCGCAAGCAUUAGUGGCAGCUCUUAGGAAUUUGGUAAACUGAAAAAAGCAUGUAUGUGGUGUACGUUUGGGCGAGGGGUAUUGUAAAAAAGAAGUCAAAAAAUGUGAUCGUUUAGCUAUUGCAGUAAUGUACCAUUUGUUCUUUAGUAUUUGAAAUAUUUCAAAUUCAUUUGUCUAUCAGUCAUAUAAUGUGAUAAAACAUAAAAGAAAUUUCUGGUAAACUUUUGACUAAAUUUUUUCGAAAUCAAUUCUGUCAUUUAGCAUAUAGACAUGACACCCUUCACCAUUAAUAUACUUCCCACUGUGAUCUAUUCACUAAUUUCUUCACCAACAUAUUUAAUGAAAUAUAAACACUAAUUUGAAAACAGUAUAAAAAUUUAACAAAUCAUCAGCUUAUUAAACUGGUUACAUCAUAAAGUUUUUAAAGCUUAGAAUGCUGCAUAGUUUUUUAUUCUACAAUUUCCUACGACGUAGAAUUGUGUUUUUUCCAUAAUUCCGCUUUAACUCGCCUACUCGUUUCGUUCGUUAGUUCUUUCGUUGAAACUACUCGUUAUUAUGCGCCAUAUUGAAAGCAUAUUCCCGAAAGCUAAAUUAAAGCAGCGGCUAUGUGUUCGAAGGAAUAGGCAAUAUAUGUGUUGUCCAGUUUUUCUUUUUUGUGUUUUGACUAUAUUUCCUUUGGGCACAUAUUCGUUUGCUUAAUUUUCGUUUGUUUUGCUUUCAUUCGGCGCACAUAUUUAAUUUCGUUGUUAUGCUUUACGAUUUCUUACUACUUGAAAUUGGUUGUGGUUCGUAGAAAAACUGUUGACACUGGUUGUUUCGGUUUUUGAUUUUGAAAAUUUAGUUGUCCUCGUCUCGCAUUAGCUGCAUAAAUUUAUUAUGUAUUUCUUCGAUGCAUAUUUUUUAUUUUUCUAUAGUCCCUUUUACAUCGUUCUUGAUGGGUUAAUGAAAGCAAAAGUUGAAAAACGGGUUUUGAAUGCUAUGGAUGUAGAAUAUCCGCAAAGAAUAAUUAAUCUGCAACGCAAAUAUAAUACAACGAGAAAAGGCGAAAUUAUUCCUUAAACGUUAUAAGAAGUGAACUAUCUUACUAUUAUAUUAGCAGAUAAUUUUAGUGAACUGCAAAGUUUAGGUCAGACAAUACCGACAGUGGAAUCGCCAAAAAUUAAACGUCGCUUCAACCGCAAACCCAGGAAGCGUAAACGGAAUCGGCAUUGCAAAAGCAAUCACAAACACAACAUUAAAAACGCAGGUUACGUUCGCAAGGAUUUUGUUGUGUGACAUUUUCGUUUCCAUCUUCAAACUCUACUAAGUAUAACAAAGCUGUUAUAUUUGAUCUGGUAGCAGCAAUAAAAUAAAACCAAAACCUCUUUGAAGUGUCUAAAGCAGUGAACGCUAGCAAGAAAAGGCAAAUAUAUUCGUACACACUGUUUGGAAAGAAAGUAAUCUGCAGUUUAGUGAUGUACCCUGAUGUAAUGGCUUACAAUGUAAUGGUCAGAAAAAUUAGAAAUUCCCGUGAUUACGACAACGCCACAAAUGUUUAUCUAAACGCACUACAAUUAUCAGCAGCAAAAGUAAUUUUACACACUUGCUGUAAAGCUUAUCAGUCAAUUACAAUUUCCAACUGUCACUACAAAGACUUCUAUAUAAUUAGCAAAUAUUUAACAUUUUGUUGCGCUCCAAGCCCCUAUGUGGGUGGGGGACCGCCUUCAAAAUCACCAGCAGCGAAAGAAUUAGCAGCUGGCUUAAAUGACGAUAAUAGUUAAGUGAGAAAAUUGAGCAAACGUAAAAGUCAAAAUUUGAAUAUAUGCACAGUAGCAUUGCCGUUAAUGUUGCAAAACGAUACAAAGGUGUAUUUACUAAACAAAAACAAAAAACUAAUUUAUAUAAUUUGCCUUGUGUUGCUUAUAUCGCAUUCUGUUUUUGAUAUACUUUAAAAGUUUUAUACAAAUUCAUGUGGCAAGCUCUGAUGUACACACUUGCAUUCAAAAAUAUUAUAAAAUAAAAUUAGACCAGAAGUAAUUGUUUUCUAAAUAUUGCCCAGCGAAUGAUGCCAUUGCAAUCGUCUGGUAUAAUUGUCGUAGAGAAGCCAAAAACAGCAAACCCAACUCAAUCGGUAGGUAGUACAGGAGCAGCAAAUAACAAAGCUACACAGCCGCAACACCAACAAGCGCAGAAAAAAAUUUAUCACACCAAGGCGCCUACAAUUAAGCCAACAACACCAGUCGGCAAAAAACAUUUCGAAUAUUAUGGUGCGAAUGAUGUGCGACAACAUCAGCACAAACAGCAACAAUUACAAAACCAACAACAACAUAAUGUUACUAGCAACAACAGUAGCAAUAGUAGCAAUAGUAGGAGUCAAACUCAGUUACCACUAAUGCGACGUGCAACGCAGCGCAAUAGUAGCAACAACAACAGCAAUCCUAUAAUAAAUAAGUGUAACAACAGCAAUACCAUAACAACGGGAGGAGCAACGAAUACCAAAAUUCAUAAUAUUAAUGUGAAACAGCAUCAGCAAGCAUUACAGAUGAAUCAACAACAACACCAAUUAUUACAGCAUAACACUAUUCAUCAGCAACAGCAACAACAACAACAACAACAACAUCAGCCACAAAUCCACCAGCAACAGUCACAACAACUGGCCACACAGCUACAGACCGGUCAGUCUAAGCAGCAGCAACAUGUGCAAAAGCAGCAUCUGCUGUCACAACAAAUGCACACAACACAACAACAGCAGCAGCAGCAGCAACAAAAUCAACAACAACAUACACAGCCACAGCAGCAGGUGAUACAAGUAAGCGAGGAAUUUAUUGAAUCUUCCGGUGCCACCAACAUGAUGAUAUCCACGACAACCGGUGAGGUGCUAAAUCCACAAAUCUUCAAAAUAGUUGCCACCGAUGGGACCACCGGUAAUAUGAUUAUCGAUAGUGGUAGCGCGGCUGCCGUUAGUGGCCAAUCGAAAGUUUUGCUUAGCAAUUUGACGGUAUUGGCAAAGUCUACACCCACAACGCCAAAUACGUCCAACACAACUGCAAUAGCGGUGGGUGCUGGCGGCAGUUUAGCCGGACAACAGCAGCAACAGCAGCAGCAUACCAUCAGCGUCGGCAGCGGCGGUGGUCAAUCACAGCAGCCUCAAACAAUAAAUUAUAUGAGUGCUAAGAAUUUAUCUUAUUUAACCACAGCAGCAGCUGCUGCCACACCUAUUUCGGCCGGUGUUGGGAAAACGCAAAAAUUCACUGUAACGGGUACAUACAAAGCAGGCGUCAAACAGCAACAUCAACAGCUCAAUACGACAACAUACAUACAGCAAUCCCAGCAGCAGCAACAGCAGACGAAUCAAGCAACAACGCAUGGUACACAGCAGCAGAAUCAGCAAUUGUAUCAAAAGCUCUCGGUGCCGCGUCAGGUGCAGAUGGUGACGCGCGUUGUGCAACAGCCAACGGCGGCUGGUACGUCGUUAUCAACAAACACAGGGCAGCAACAACAGCAACAGCAUGCGCAAAUGCUAGCGCAACCAGUUGUUGGUGGGCAAAAGUAUUUGAGUAGCAGCGCCACAACGAAGAGUGUCAGCAUCACUGGCAGCAGCGGUGGCAAUAUGUUGAAAAAGGCAAAUAGUUUAAAAAUUACCCAUGGCAAUAGCAAAGUUGUGAACAACAUGCAAAUUCAGCAACAACAACAGGGUGUUAAGACAACAUAUAUAACACAACAACAGCAGCAGCAAUACCAAAUGCAUCAGCCGCAAUUUCAGAGUGCCACCGCCAGUGGUAAAGUAAAAACGUCAAAAUUGUUAAAACAAUACAACAAUGUCGUUAAUAACAACAGCAGCGGCGUAAAUAUGUUGCAGCAGCAGCAGCAAAUGGGUGGUACUUUUUCCAUUGGCAACAGCGGUGGAAGUCAUAAAGUGCAGCAGACGACCAAAGUGACCAAAAUGACCACCGGAAAGUAUGCCACACACCAACAGUUGCAGCAUGUCGCCACCCUGCCACAAGGUACGCAAUUGCAUCACAAAACAUUGCCACAACAACAACAAUUCUCGACUAACAACAAUGUUGUACAAAUUGCCGCUGGCGGUGCUGCCAUUAAUAGCAGCAACAAUGCUGGUGGCAAUACAAUAAAAUUUGUGAACUCGUCGCAUGCCACUGUCAUACAGCAACAUCAGACUACUUUGCCAAUGCAGCAACAACAACAACAACAAGCGAAGGUAACGCUGCGGCAGCAACAGCAACAGCAACAAAUACAACUUGUUGAAGGCCAAACAACAGCAAACAUAAUUAAUCAGCAGCAACAGUCGAUGCAAACUGGCAAUAAUAGCAACAGCAGCAGCACACAGUCCUUGCUAAAUGAUGACAUAAUGAUUGUCAAUGGCACACAAAUGACGGACGAGCUGUCAGCGCGCAUAUUGCAGAGUAUGGCACAGAAAUCCUUCGGUAAUCAGCAGCGCUACCAACAGCAGCAGCAACCGAAAUCUACUGCCAUGCCACCACCCAACACACAACAAACGCAGCAACAACAGCAGCAGCAACAGCAGAUUGUCUUGCAGCAACAUGCUUCACCAACAUCAGUACUGCUUUCGCCCAAAGAAUAUCCACUAUAUAGUGCAACUCAAUUGCCAACGCAACAGCAAUUGUCAGCGCCAACAAGUAUAACCACACAAUACACCAAUGCGGUGCAUCAAACACCCGUCUCCGCAUCAGCUUACUUGCCAGUCUCUGUUGCCAGCAGUGUGAGCGGCGGCACUGUUUAUGGGCCACCAACGCCGACGACAGGACGUCAAACACACAGCGCGCCCAGCAGUCGCGCACACUCAUUGGAGCGGAAUAAGUCAUAUGAGGCCAGUACAACAAUUACACGUAAAUCCGUUGGUGAAUACUACAAAACGAAUAGCAGCGGCGUUGGAAGUGCUGCACGUGGGGGUCAUCAUCACGGCUCGCAUACAUCGCUUGCUGCCAGCUCAAUGCACUCUGCAAGCACAUCGAAUAUACCACAUGAUACGCAGCAGCAGCAGCAACACUCUUCGGCGCAGAUAAUACAUUUACAGACAUUGAAAUCAUCACUAGCGGCCUCCACGGCAGCAGUAGCAGCAAGCAAUAGUAGCUAUACAAUCGCUACAACAAGUAAUGCAGCAACGGCAGGAGUGGCCGCCAACAACACAGCGUCUUCAGGUGCAGCAGCAACAGCAGAUGAUGACGAUAUUAUUGGCGAAGAGGUGCGACCGCCGCCAUUGAAUACGCUAGAUUUACGUCUGCGCAUUUUGUAUGCUGUACAACUGGAUCACACAUAUGCCAAUCCCAUGCCAACGCAUCCCACCGGUACCGAAGCCAGCACAAAGAGUGCAGGUGCUGUGCAAAUGGGAAAAACGGGGUCGGCGAAUAGUACAAACGUACCGUCGCAUUUGCAAACGGCUUUGUCGGGCGGUAAUCAGCAGCAAUGGUCUUUGGGUGGCAUUGGUGCGACUGUGGCCGGUGGACAAGCAGGUGCGGGUAGCAUACUACCCAUGACACCGACCAGCGGACAAUCGUCAUACACUCUGCAUGGGCAACAAAUCACUCGCAUGCAACAGGAUGAUGAUGCUCAUUCCGCUAUAAGUAACGGUUCACGUGUUGCAACCGGCGAUAUUGAUCCCGGUGAAGAGACGGAAACUGCACCCGAAGCCGAGGCUGAAGAUGACUCGGUGACGCGUUGUAUCUGUGAUUUAACGCACGAUGAUGGCUAUAUGAUAUGUUGUGACAAGUGCUCUGUUUGGCAACAUGUCGAUUGCAUGGGCAUCGAUCGCCAGAAUAUACCCGACGAGUACCAGUGUGAAGUCUGCCAACCACGGGCGGUAGACAAGGCUCGAGCACGUUCGCUGCAGCUAAUGAAACGUAAAGAACAAACUCAGUUACUACUCUCAGCGCAAUCGGCGCAUGCAACCGGCUCAAGUGGUGCUUAUAUGAGUGGCGCCGGGGUAGCCAAUUUGAGUAGUAAUUAUCAGUUAACCGAAGGCCAACGACAGCAAGGCGGUAUUAACACCAACUCAUUCCCAAUGAGUGAUGGCACAAUGCAUGGUCUGCCUAACAAUGCGGCACUCGCCACCACAAAGAAGGGCAAGGUGUUGAAGAAAACCGCUAAAGAUACCGCCAGCGGCAAGAAAUCCAAGAAAGCAGAUAAACUAGGCGCGGGUGGCAUUGGUGGCAAACCACCACGUAAAGAGUCUGGUGCCUCCAAGAAGACAACGAAACGCAAGACAAAGAGUGGUGAUGGACUGAGCGCAAGCGCAUCUGCAGCGGAAAAGCAUGCCGCGAACUUGCGUCAAUGGAUCGAGAACUACGAAUUGGCCGUAACGAAUCAUUAUUCGCCCGAAUUGCGUGCGCGUCUACACGCCAUUACAAAGCAACCGAGUUUACUGCAAAGCAUUCUCAAUACCGAAAAUCGUGCAUUGAAGGAGUGUUGCAAUAAUGGUCUGGAGAGUCGCGCCACAACAGUGCCACAUGCAGGCGGUAAAAUACUUAUUAGUAAUAUGGAUAUUGGGCCGAGUUGUCCGAUCUUCGAGUUGCGCGGCAAGUAUAUGCUUAGUCCACAGUAUAAAACACAGAAUGCAUCAGUGAAUAUGAAUUCGCCGCCACCAACUAAUUAUCUCGCCGCAACGUUGAAGGCGCAUAAAACGCCAGGUCCUUUCAUAUUCUUCUAUCAGCUACCCGAUGCAGAGGCGCCCAUGCAGACAAUGAAUCAAGAUGGCUCUUAUCCUCCGCUGCCGCCACAACCCGCUUAUCUGAAGGGUCCUGAGAUAUGCGUGGACACACGUACCUAUGGCAAUGAAGCGCGUUUUGUACGGCGCUCUUGUCGACCAAAUGCGGAAAUACAGCAUCUUUUCGAGAAGGGCACGAUACACCUGUUCAUUGUGGCCACGACGCGUAUACGAGCUAGUACAGAAAUUACCAUCAAACACGAACCCCACGAUUUGCUCGCGAUUGAAAAUAAGAAGGCAACCGCUAGUAAUUGUAUUGUGCAGCCAACCAGCACAGCAUGCGCUUGUGGCCUGCUUAAGGAUUGCCUUUUUGGACCACCACCGACGCAGCAGUCUUUGAGCGCUGCUGGCGGCACGAAAUCGCGAAAGUCAUCGCUCUCUACCACAUUAAAUGGUGGCGUGCAGCUCAGUAGCAGCGCUGCUGCCAUGCAACUCACCAUGGGUGGUUUGCCGACGGGUGCGGGUAAAAAGAAGGGACCAGCGCAGAAUAUUAAUCGCAAUCGUUCGACGUCAUCAAGCGGUGAUAGCAGUAUUGGAGCUAUAGCUGCCGCUGCGACGGCGGGCAUGAAUAGCCCAAAUGUUGCCUUGCCGUCAGCGGCUAUGAAUAUGAGUGCCUCCGCCACCUCCAACUCCAACGUAUGUAGCAACACAUAUAAAAGUAAUGGUGGUCUUAAUAUUCUGUCCGCGCAUGCGUUGGUCACCUCAGCUUCGGCGCCCAGCACCAAUGGCGGUAAUAUGAGUGCAACCUCCUCCAUUUCGAGUGUUAUGCACGACUCGGGCAUUUGUACUUCAUCCUCGUCGCCAUCCGUUUCCAUACCGUCGCCAACCACGACGCUGCAUUUACACUCGCCGACACAGCAGCCGACGCAACAACAAACGCAGCAGCAGCAGCAGCAACAACAACAACAAACAGUGCCAGCAUCAACAACAAAUGUACAGCCGCGUGGCGCCAAUAGCGGUAACGCUCUAAUCACGCCGCAUAGUCCACAGCAACAACAACAGCAUCAACAGAUAUUGGGCGCUUUGCCAACGCCAUUACUCCUGUCGCCACCACCGCAAAUGACACAAACGCAAUUGCAGGUACAACAACAACAACAUAUUACAGUUAAUAACUCACAUACACCUUUGCUGCAAGAGGUGGUGAGUAACGUAGAUCCAAAGCCUGCUUUAUUGACCCAAUCGCUCAGUCAAGCUCCGCAACAGCCCCAAGAGCAACCAGUUCUAGCGCAAAUGAGUCAUAGGGAGUUAAUUCGCGGGCCCACAAUAAGUGAUGCCUCUCUGGCGGCUGCAGCAGCUUUGCAGUCGCUCAACACUGCGGUUACGCUGACGAGUAGCAAUGCACCGGUAGUGGCACCGAAUGCGGCCCCGAGCAAUACCAACAAUAAUAUUGUCAUUAUCACACCAGAAGCUGCUGCUAUGAGACCAGCCAUAAGCACAGUUGACACUAGUAAUGCUGAACAACAACAGCAGCAUCAGCAGCAGCCACAACAACCACAACACCAACACCAAAGUGAGUAUGUACAACAACAACAAACGCAAUUAUUAGUUGCGCCAAAGAUGCAGUCCACACAUCCUGACAUAGAAGACGGCAAUAUGCCAGAUUCUCAACAACAACAACAACUGCAAUUACCGCAGAUACCAGCAGGUACGGUCGAACUGCCACCACCCAUACAUACACAUACACCAGCUUCCGCUCCCACACUAUCACCCAAUGCCGGUUCGAAAUCGCCGCAGAAACAUAGCGGUCCCGCAAGCAUCAAUACGUUUGCGCCAACGAAUAGCAGCGCACGGAGUCACAAAACAUCUACUAGUAAAACGCCAAGUUCCCGUUCUACCAGCUUUUCCGAAGAUGACCAUCAGCAGCAGCAUAAUGUGAGCAGCGGCAGCGUCAAUGAUGAUGUUACGGCAACAGCCAAAUCAAGUUCAAAGGAGAAACCGAAACUCUCACGCGAAGAUCGAAAAAUGGAGGCGAUAUUGCGAGCGAUUGAGAAGAUGGAGCGCAAUCAGCAGCGCAAAAGUCAACAAAACAAAGCUGGUGGCGGCGGCAGUGCAUCAUCUAGCGCCGCCAAGCGUCGCAAUAGCAAUAGCAAUUCGCCAAGCACACCUUGCAAACGCAGUAUAAGCGAGUUGAGCACCAGCGCCAGCAGCGGACGCGUCUCGUCGGUGAAUGCGCGCAAGAAGAAACGCAAGACACACAAAUCAUAUAGCGGACACAGCGCGCAGGCGCGUAAGCGACGUAAGAGUCGAGUUAAUAGCGGCAACGAAUCGGCAGAUGGCGCUGGUCACAGUGGCGGCUUAGGUGGCGAUAUAGGCGUAACAAACGUCUUCGAUGGCAAUGGUUGUGGCAUGACUGAUGGCAAUAUGCAGUCAGAAGCCGAGUCCGCAUCAUUACUUUCGCCCGCGGUGUCUCUUACGACUACUGCACCCAACUAUCAAAUGUCUGGCGCUAGUGAGCAGCAUAACGAAGUAGCUGUGGAUGCAACGGCGCCACCACCAACCAAUGAGGAUCAGGCAGCUGGUCUAUUGCUCGCAUUCGCGAAUCCCAAUCUGAAAAUGUCACCGACGUCGCAUCUGACCACACAUGUGCUUUCACCAACGGCGCAACAGCAACAACAGUACGCCACACAAUAUGGACUUGAGCAAUUAAAAUCGCCGCAGCAUAGAACACCUGUAGGAGGCAGUGGUAAUGCCACCUCCCCACCGGCUACACCCGUCAGUUCCGCUUGUUUGUUAAUCGAAGCGGCUGUGGGACCAUUACAAGAACACAUGGAUGGCAGCAGUCCAAGUAGUGAAUUCAAAUAUCCCAAUAAGACCAAGACGAAGAAGGUACUCAUGUCAAAUUGGCUACUGAAUCAAGUAGACGCCGAUACCAGUGGAAGUGAUUCGCCACCGCCAAAUGCUCCUACACCGCCACCCACCAAUAGCGGUGUGGAGCAAGCGGUAGCCACAAUCACUGCUGCAUUGCCAGCACCACUAAUACCAACGGCGGCCACUCUGAGCUUGGACUCGUUAGUACAAGCGGCCACAAUGUGUGACUUUGCAAAUAAACAACAAUCCGAGGCAAAUGUGGUCCACCCCACCCACUAUGUAGCACCCAAUAUGGAAAUGUGUUCGGCACCAAUGCCGGUAGACGAUGAACCACAAAAUUUAAGUAUGGCGGCGCAGAAAGUGGAAGAAUUCAUACAACAAACUGAACGUGGUACCAGCGUCCCGUACACUACUCAGCCAAAUCUGACUGGCGUCAGUAGCUCUCAACGCCAUCUUCUACAUUUGCCCUUACAGGUUAGCACCUGCAGCAACAAUUCUUCGGUGAAAAAGCGUUGGCUGCGUCAAGCGAUUAGCGAAGAGACUACUACUGACGAGUCGAUGACGCCGACACCCACUGCAGCGGCCGCCGGUCUGCAAACAGCGUCGCCCACAACAGCGACCGCGCAUUUGAAUGCUGUAUUGAAUGUGCCCAAUGGCUUCACGACACCGUUGAAGAAACGACGCCUCAUUAUCAGUGGUGGCGUGAAGGAGGAAGAGGACAUUGGCGGCAAUACUGCACCAUCACCUGCAGUCGUUGACGGUGGCAACUUUUUCGAAUCACCUGCAGUCAAAGCGGAACCAACAGCGAUGCUGGCGACACCAAAAGACGAACACGAUAUGACGACCGUAAAGGUUUUGACGACAGCGGCAGGUAACAAUGCGGUAGAUGUAAUGAAUGUGCAGGAAAUCAGCAGAACUUUGAAGAAUGAAGUUGAGACGAGCAUUGAAGAGGAAACUGAUGAAGAGGAUUAUGACGAGGAGGAAGAGCGUGAUGAUGUAGAUGUGGUUGGAGACGUAGGCGUUAGUGAACUGCGAACAAGUACAUCCACAACAGCGGCGCAUACGGUGAGUGAGAGUAUGAAGCGAGAGGUUGUGAAAAAAGAAGAUUCGCUGAGGGGCGAUGCAGAGCCGAUUGAGUAUAAAGGUGAGGACUUGAAAGCCGAACCUAUGUCAAUCGAUCAAGAUGACGAUGUAGAUAUAUUACGUUCACCGAGUCCAGGGCAUCAGCAAAUGUUAGCCGCUGAAGAUAAUCUGGUGAAAAUUGAGCCGGAGGAUACAAGUGGCGGUGAUGUGAAAAUCGAUGUCGAACGUGAGGAGAGUUUGGCAGGUGAUAGGUUUGAAGAAAUGGUGUUGAUGCACGUGAAGAAGGAAGAGGCGUUAGUGGAAGGAGCUCAGCAGUUGUCAGCGGUUGUCGCUGCGGAGGAGACAAAACCGUCUUUACAGGAGGAUGAGAAGAAUAUUAAGUCUUCUUUGCCUGAACCAAAUGACAAUGCAAUGGAUCAAAAGCCAUAUGAGCAGUUGCCUAGUAUGUUUGAGGAGAACGAAAAACACAAGAAGGAAGAGUCCGAAGUGCCGAACUUUGAAAAUAUAACGAAAACGGAGCCCCACAAUGCCAUGGAUGUAGAGACUUCUUCUGCGCAUCUAAGUAGCGCUGUAGCUAAUAGCGAUGAUGAGUCUAUGAUGACAAUACCGCCCAAGCCAUCACCGCUUAAGUUGCUUACACUCGAUGGCAGCAGGAGCACCUGCAUUCCUACGUCUGAUGAGCCGCUCAAAAAGCGUCCAAAACUUGAUAGUUCUUUAGCAGCUACCACAUCAUCGCAAUCAGAAGUGCCGCAAACUCAAACCUCUUUGCUGAAACCGCUGUCCGCGCGCAUGCUUGAUAUGGCAAAACCAAGUGUGGUCAACAGUGCGAGCGGGGGAAACAAUAAUAACAGCAAAAAUGAGAUUGCGUCAACACAGGCAAACACUCUGCCCACCAAAUCGUUGCUCAAGUCAGCUGCAGCGAAAAAACCCACCGUCCAACAUUCGGUCGUCGCAUCUCCACCGUCGAAUUGUAUGACAUUCUUGGCGGCCGCAGCUGCUGCAGCUAUUGAACGCAAACCGCCACCGCCGCCGCCGCCACCACCCGCUUCAGUUGCAACAAUAUCACCGACUAAAUCAGACGUACCGGCUUCAACUACAGCAACAACACCGGUCGUUGAGGGCAUCAACAACAACAACAACAACAACAACACUCCUGCAGCGCCAUUUGUUCCCAACACGACUGCUUUGGAAGCGACUACCAACGCCGGUGUUGGUUCAACAGCUCUUGCGCCACGUAAACAGAAUGCCACCACUAAUAACAAUAACAGCAACGAACGUAAAAUACCGUUAACCGAUGAUGAUAUUCAAGCACGCUUGCAUUCCUUCCACAAGGAGAAUAUAUUGAUCUUACAGUCGCGCAACAACAAAAAGUCAAAAACAAAUGCCACAGCAGCAACAACAACGGUCGGUGCUGGUAGUGCCAAUGAAUUGGUGAAAAAUGUCAAGUUGAGUGAAAACAAGUCUUCACACCACAGUCACCACCAUUCACACGACGCGGUGAAGAGUAGUAGCGGUAGCAAACACAACAGUACAUCAAAGUCCCUGUCCAACUCCAGCAGCGGUUCUUCCGGAAAGAAGCUACACAAAAAGGAUCGUAGCGGUAAAGAGCAUAGCAGUAGCAGCAGUCGGUCGUCUUCUUCGCACAGCGGAAAACUGAGUGCCUCCAGCUCGAGCUCGAGAAAAUCAUCUUCAUCCCAUAAAAAAGACCAUGCUAGCGGCAAGACGAGCAGCGGCAACACCACACCUGUGCUCACCACCAAACAGCAAACACAUAUUUGCAACAGCAGUAAUACGUCUGCUGGCAGUGACAGCAAAGAACGUUUAGAUGAUCGCCGGGAUAUUGACAAGAAUCGUGGUGGGGAUAAAGAACGUCAUCAUAAUCGUCACCGCACCACAUCAUCAUCCUCUUCAUCGAAUGCUAAUAAUACACCAGCUACUCCAGCUGCUAUACCCGCAACGCCACCAACAGCACCCACUGCACCGCCAACAACGUUUAAGAAGCGACAACUGAAUUUCGAGCAAGAACUCACGAAGGACCUGCCUUUGGUGAAUGCUGCGACUUUGAACAUCAAUCGGCAUCGCAAGGACAGUGGCAGUCGCGAUAGUCGUGAUGAUUUGUUAAGCUCUUCCUGCUCCAGCAAUAGCAAUAGUAGUCUGGUUGCGGCGCGUAAACGCCGGGAAUCUUCGUCCUCUUCAAGUGGGGGCAGCCGCAACCGACACAACAGCACCAGCAGUAGCAGUGGCAUCGCAACGUUAGAGCAACAGAAAGACGUUGCUGCAGUGCCGGUGGCAGUGCCAGUGACACACAAGCCCGCAGCCACCGAACAUAACGGUAUUUUGACAAACGCGCAUGUAACUGCGCUUCCACCACCCACCUACGUACGCGAACACGUUGCCAUACCACAUUUCAAUAACGUAGUUGUAAGCGGUCCACCACCACCAAUGAUGGCGGCCUAUUUCAGUGGCAUUGGCGCAGUGCCUGGCGGUAGCGUAGAUCCCUCGAUGGGCACACCCAUUGCUACUUAUGUACCAACGCCCGCUUUACCACCAUCAGCCGGCAUAGCACAGCCAUCACCGACGCAUAAUCAUAGUCUGUUGAAGAAUCUACCUAUGCAGCCGGUGUUAAGCCAUUUAGCAGCAGCCGUACAUGGGCCAGUGCCCGCGACUUUGCCCGCAUCAAGUGGCGGAGUCAAUGUAUCAGUUUUAACGCCACCACCACCACCACAAACUUCAGCGACGGUUGUGCCACCGGCGGCGCAUUCACCUGGUGCGAGCUCUAAUUCUACAACAGCUUCGACCUAUAACAGUAUUUAUGGUAAGCUACGUGAUACCUCGCCUGUCAUAGCUGCGCCUACUUCAGGCGUUAGCGUUGCGCCCCCAACUCCCCUCAAUCCGGUUGUCGGAGCACAAGCACAAACGGCAGGUACAUCAGCGAACCUCAGCCUUUCCGAGUACUUGGACACGAAGGUGAAGAGCUAUAGCACCACUUUAGGCAGUUAUGUAUCACAAACGCAUGCGUUUGUUGCUGGCGGAGGUGCUGGUAAUGCCACCAGUUUACUACAAAGUGUUGGCAAAACCUCCAACAACAACAGCAACAAUACAGCGCCAAGUGUCAGCAGCAGCAGUGUUGGCGUAGAUACCGUUUCCGCUGUGUCAGCAGUGCUGGAGUCGCCGGUUGUCAGCAAGCUACCAGCACCACUGAAAUUACCGCUGACCAGAACCGCUAGUCAUGAUCCGCGUCUCAAUCCCCAACUGAAUGCGCCCGAACCACCACCGGCACCGAAGCGAAAACUUUCCAUCAAUGAGUAUCGUAAGCGUAUGCAGUUGUCAUCGGAUUCCGCAACGCCUUCAACUCCCGAACCACCAACGGUUAGCAGUACGCCAACGACAACACCAUCAGGCGCAGGCAAUAUGUCGUCUAAUUCGUUGAAUAACAGUUUUGUACAAGCUUACAAUAGUAUUGUGAAUGCCUCACCUGAAGAGAUGGCCAGGCAGCUGUCGUCGUCACCAUCAUCAUCACUGGCACUCAAUAAAUACACGCUAAAUUCUCCCGAACAUAAGCGACGACAUAGUGGGUCGGAGAAAGAACAACAACAAAAGGGGCAUGGUGCGAAUUAUGAUGAUGCCGUUACUGGGUUGUUGAACAGCAGCACGGGCAGUAGCAGCUUGAGCGAUAUUUCAUUGACGAACCACGAAGAUGAGGGCAGAAAAGGUCAAUUCAGUGCCGCACCCACUUUACUUGAAAAACAACAAGAAUCGCUGUGCGAACGUUUGAAGCUACUGCGCAAUAAGAACAAGAGUGUAACAACAUUAAGUAGCGCUGCAAGUGAGUUUGCCAAUCUGAAGAAAGACUGUGAUCGCUAUGUGAAUCGCACUAACAGUAUCUCGUCCACAGACAAUUUGGACAAUUGUCUUGAAGAAAUCUCCUCUUCAUCCUCCUCAUCAUCGGCUAGCUCACGCACCUCUUCACGGGAGCCCAGCCCAGAACGCAAUGUGGUUAGCAAUAACCUUUCAAGUGUAUGUAAACGUGCCACAAGUGCGACCAGCAGUACCAACCAUAAGUGGCUACAUGAUACUGAUGCGAUAAAAAGCUCAAGCGGUGCGUCAAAAACUGGCACACCCACUAGAGAUGAUGUUUCCGUUACGAGAUGUGGCAGUGGUAGUGAGUCAACGACGUGAAGGAAGAAAGGGAAAACUUUUAAUGACGAGUUGUACUAAUGAUGGUUAAAAAAUGACGCUAGUUGAAACGUAUGCGUCGGUGUCUACUACUUUGUUCGCGAGAUAUUUGCAACGUCAACAACAACGACAACAAGAACAAAACUAAUGUGUUCAUUUGGUAAGGUUGAUAAGUAGUAAAUAAAGCUAGAAUAAUGACAGCGCUGCGCGUUCAGAAGCUGAACAAGGAAAGAACACACGACAAAGGGAAUGCUUUUUCGCUUAAAUAUACAGAAAUUGCGAAUGUACGAAAAAAUUUUGUUUCUCCUACCCAAAUGCGAAUUGAGAAAAAAUAUGUUUUUUGAAAAUUACUUUGCUGUUGCGCUUAAUUU